AUGUCUGAGCCCGCGUGGGGUCAGCUGCAGCGGGCGCUGACAGCUGCCGAUGCGUCUGGUUCUGCCAGCCAUGCACGGGACCCGGCUGGCUCCGUCCCAGCGUUGCUCCGAGCCGCAGCGGCGCUGGCUGAGGGUGGGCGUUCCGCCGUGAGGCCGCAGUGCCAGCGCGGCGGGCGGGCAGCGAGAGCCGGAGCCAGAGUGGUGGGAGGCAUGGCGGGAGUUCCAGGCGCGGCGGUGGCCGGGGGAGCCCGCGUGGGAGACGGAGGCGCGUUCGUUUGUGGAUCCCGGCGGGCGGGUGGCGGCGCGGAUGCGGGCGUUCGCCGACUCCCUUGGGCACGUGGCGACCGUGCUGGAGCAACUCCAUCGGGCGAAAGAAGCGCGGGAGGCGCCACAGCGGGAUCCCAUGCUGUCCCGCCGUCAGCAGGUUCGGGUGCUCCUAGCGUCAUCCGCAGUGCUGUGGGAUCUGCUGCACCUUCCAAUGGUCCCUCUGCUCGACGGGGCAGACGACGUCCCCGGAGUGACGACACUUCGCUCGUUAGCACGAGAAGCGGAGCAGGAGAGCGCCCUUGGGCUGCUCGCUGCAACCGCGCCAGUGCUCUGCUGGAUGGGGGCCCAUUUGCCGCUGAUGCUGUCUGA